GAAUAGAUCUUUUUUUGUUUUAGGUUAUAUAUAUAUUAUGCAUUUGUGAUAGAUUUAGUUAUAUAUACUUUUAUACAUGAAUUGCAAAAGAAAAAAAAUAUUUUUAAUGAAAUAUAUAUUUAUAAGUACAUAUUUAUAAAAUACUAUUUAUAUAAAUUCAUGUUAUGUUUUAUUAACAUGAUAUAAUAUAUAGAAUUUUCUUUUAUUUAUUGUUUAAUUAAAUAAAAUAUAAUUUUCUCUUUUAUACAUAUAAUAGUUAAAAAAAAUGGUAUAUGAUAGUGCUAACGCAUCUGUUUUAUCAAAGAAAUCCGUAGUUAAGAAGAACCAGAAAAGUAACCGUGGUUCAGCAAAUAUGUUAGAAUGUACAGAAGAAAACUCUAGCAAAAGUAACUUAAGAAAAUUCAUGUUUUCAAAGUUUGCCAAAGUGUUUCUCGUUGGUUGCUUAUAUAUGUUUUUGGAAAAUGGAAACAUAUAUGAAGAUACUAUAGUCUCAGAAAGGCAUUGGGGUAAUGUUAACGCAAGGAGGUUGGCAGAAGCCAAUCUUAGGAGGGAACAAAGAGGAAAUGAUGAAUAUUUGGGCAAAGAUUUUGAUCCAUAUGAUAUGUCAAAUUUACCACCACCAGAUUAUGGUACUGGGAACGCAAAUGAUCUGAUCGACUUUUAUCAGAGAGGAGGAGAUUCAGCAAAUAUGUGGGGUGCGGGCGGAAACAGAGCCAUAGGUUUUGGUGAACAAAACUGGGAUGCAUAUUAUAAGAAUAGUUAUGGAAAUUUCCCUCCAUCGCCUCACAAUUCACAGACCGCCCACAGAGGAAAUUCUUUAGAUAACAGAAUGUUAAGAUAUGGUGAUAGCAGUCUGCAAAAGGGUAUGAUGGGAAGUAUGCCAUCGUCCUUGGGUAAUAUUCCGAAUGAAAGUGCUUUUGGCAGUAGAGCAUCUAUGGGAGGUAAUGAAGCUGAUGGUGCUGUUGGUGGUAGAUUACCUGGAAGUACUAACAUGAAUGAAGGUGUUUUUGGAUCCAAAGGAGCUGUAGGAGGUAGUCAAGGUGAACAAAUGACAGAUGAUAAAUAUGCUGUUUUUGAUAGUUUAUAUGAGGAGUAUUUAGGAAGUGCAAAAGGGGGAGCAGGAUUAGCAGGGGUGGGUGCUGCCGGAGGUUCUGGCUUAGGUGCAACAGGAGGUGCCGAUUCAACGACAGGUGUAGGAGCAACAGGUGGUGUUGGAUUGGGAGCUGGAUUAGGUAGUGGAUUAGGUAAUGGAUUAGGUGGUGGAUUAGGCAGUGGCUUAGGUGCUGGAUUAGAUGGUGGUUUAGGUGCUGGAUUAGGUGCUGGAUUAGACGAUGGUUUAGGUAUUGGAUUGGGAGGAGGAUAUGACGGCAGUUUAGAUGCAUCAUUAGGUGGAGGAUUAGGUGGAGGAUUAGGCGGAUUUUUUGGUGCUGAUAUGGGCAGUCGAAGUGAUAACAUCUUCAACAAGCCCUCUGAUGCAUAUAGACAAUACGAACCUGCAGCUCCAUCAGAUUCCAUGUGGUCUGGAUUAAAAAAUCAAUAUGAUUCCUAUACUGAGCCUAAAAUGAGUACGUCAGCUAGUACAACUGAUAUAUAUCCAGGAGAGAUAUGGGCUGAAUAUAAACAGCAACUUGAAAAUUACUCAGGUACAAGAGAUGAAUUGGAUAAAAUUAAAUCAGAAAAGCAUUCUUCUGAAAGAUCAAGUAGCUCUCAGCACCGCAAAAGAUCAUCAUCUGAGAGAACUUCAAGUAGUUCUAGAUCUAAAUCAUCAUCAGAUAAUAGAAUAGUUAAAUAUAGCGCAAAGAAAGGAACCACAAGCGAAGAAUAUGAGAGACGUCGUAAAGAAUCGAAAAUUCAGGAACAGGCCUCUUCAAAACACAUCAAAGAGAUGAUUGACAAAUUAGGUAGUACAGUAAAUAUGAGAGACAUGUUCUACAUAUUUAACUGUUUGAUUAACCACGAAAGAAGAAAAUACAUUGAUAUGGAAGAAGGUACCAUGUUGUUCUGGGAAAAAACGGCAAAAGCUUAUGGUCUCCCAGAUUAUUAUAAAACUAGACAAUGGGUGAAAGCUUUUGACGGCAUGACAAAAGAGUUAUUUUAUAACGAAAAGAAAUUAUUCGAUAGACUAUACCACUUACUUCAACAUGGAUCGUGCUCACGAAGUGGAUAUAUUCAAUUUAUUAAGGAAGUAAAGUAUACAUGCACUAGAAUGAGAAAAGAAAUGGAAGAUCAAUGGAAAGAAUAUUUAAGCAUGAAAGUGAGAGGAUUUUGGUAA